AUGGAAUGGAGGAUCGAUUGGACGAAAGGAGCUGCGCAGAGUCGUAUCGGUGGACGCGCAGGGACAGAGCUGUAUCGUCGAACGCGAUGGGAAGCGCAGGGGAUUAUGUCGAUGCUUGGUGCCCACAAAGCUCAGAUCACUAAGGCCGCCAAAACGCUCCGUAACAAGAUCGCGGACUUCGAUGAGGCCAUUUUGGAACCGGUGGAUCUCACCACGGAGGCAGAUAGGGAUUCACAGUUCAUUCUUAAUCGUAAAAGUUUGUUAUUUUUCAAUUUUACUGUUCUUGUUCGUACUGUUGAUUCACUUCGCGCCCAGAGAGAGAAGGCCGAAGAGUUUGCGCGUCAGCAUCCUGACGGGCAGGGCGAGUUCCCCUUCCUCCAACAGAUUCAGGAGCAUUGGGACGCCAAUGAACUGGAUCAACUUGUGGAGGAAGCUGAAACUCUCCGUGAUCGUGUCGACGCUGCGAUCAAACUCUUGACGAGCUCGGAGGCAUUGUAUCUUUUUCGCGCUCCCACUGUUCCUCCCUCUCUUUGUAAUCUUACUCCUAAUCCGGCCCUGGACCCCAUUUGUACCCGUCAGCCACCGCAGGAUGUGAGAAUGGAAGUCGCGAGCCAUUCUUCGUCGCAUGACCAGGAUCGUCCAGCUGAUCCGGAUGCAGUCGCGCGAGUUGAUCGGACUUCCCCACCCGCACGCGCGCAGAGCGUCGUGCAAGGAUUCGACAACCCCUCACAAGUCCCUUCAUCCCACCCAACUUUUGCAAACCCCUUCUCAACCUUUCCCCCGUCGAAUCCUUUCGUUUCUUCAUCAGCCCCUAACUCCAACCUUCCUUACCCAUCCAUGGAACAGUCGUUGAAGUUGCCCACUUUUGAGAUUCCAACCUUUCACGGCGAUGUCGACAACUUUCUGGAGUUUUGGGAUCUCUUUUCGACGGCGGUGCAUAACAACACCAGUGUGCCAGUGUCACACAAGUUUAUGUACCUCAAGUCACAUCUACGAGGACCAGCCGCGAGCAUCAUUGCCGGCUUUCAGUCUACGGCAGAAAACUAUGAAGAUGCAGUACGGACCUUGACUAAUACGUAUGGAAGGCCGGAGAUUCUCCGAAAUAGGCUCUGGGACAGAUUGAUGCAGCAGCCACCAGCAUCAGAAUCGCCAAUGUCGCAACGCGCGACACUUUGCACCAUCAAGGCCAUAUGGUCUCAGUUGAAACACCUCAAGGAGGACUCUAGCGCCAUCGGCACGCUUAAGAUCAUUCGUGCCAAAUUUCCUCGACGUACGCGCGAGAAAAUUGGCGAAUACAAGACGAAGGGAGAUUCGAUGUGGACAGUGGAUGAAUUGCUUUCGACGUUGGAUACCAUCAUCGAUAGAUUGGAAACCGUGGAAGAUGCUGACCCAUCGGACUAUCAUUCGUAUAACUCUCAAGCAGUAUCUCGUCAAUCUUCUCCUUCGCCUCGUAGGUACCCGAGCGCGAGUCGCAAUGAUCCAGCGUUUACGCGCUAUCGCACGUCAUCGUACUACCCUCGACGUUCGUCUCAGUCGCGCACACCAUCACCCUACGGCAGGCACAACAGACCACCAACACCAUACUAUCCUCGCACUACGUCGCGCAGUCCCAGUAGACCACGUCAUGUAGCUCGUUACGAGCCUCAGUGUGCCUUUUGUUGUGAGCUUGGACAUUCACCAGAGCGAUGCAGGAUUGUGCAGGAUAUCGCGCAACGUAGAUUGUUCGUCAGUCGUCAUAAGCUCUGUUUUUUGUGCUUGGAACAAGGUCACACUUACAUUUAUUGUAAUGCACCACCAUGUGGAUACUGUGGCAGACUGCACCAUAAGGCUCUCUGUAUGGACUUUCCACGCGCAUCGCAACUACCAGUUCCAUCUGGUGGAAGGAUUUCUUACCCAGGUCCUGAGAGAUCCUACUCUCCUAGACGCGUGCAGUUCCAAAGAGAGACUUAUGGUCCAUCUCGCGAGUAUAGUAGCCGCUCACGCGCAUCUCCAUCGCGCAAUCUUCACUCUGAAUCGCCAUCUCCAUCUAGGCGACAGUUUUCCUUUUCACCAGCUAGGCGUGCCCCUUCCGCGCGCCGAUCACGUAGCCCUACAUCCGCAGUACACAGCGCCACCCGUACUACUGACCUACCUUGUACUACCAGAGACGCGCAAGCAGAACCUCUUGAUCAACAACAGGCUUGUGUAGGCUCACAUUCACCAUCAUCAUGCACUUCUGUUUGUUCUCAAGAGUCGGUGCACCAGGAGCCGCGCCUUAUGGUAGUACAUGCUGUGACGAAGAACUAUAGAACGAGAACGGAGGAGCUUCUGACAGUGUUUUUGGACAGUGGCUCGCAGUACAGCUUCAUCUGUACGUCGCUAGCCAAACACUUAGGCUUACCGUUCCGCAAUACUAAGGAGGUCACAACUCUGACAUUCGGAGGUCAUCAGUUCACGGAGGAAUCGUCAGAGGUCACACUCGUACUCUGGGACCAGUAUAACUACCCGAUUGAACUCGAGCUAUGGACGCGCGAGACUAUCACGACGGUCCCACGGACUAAUACUCGAAACGACAGCGACAUCGUCGAUUACGAGGAUAGAGUCGAGGUCGAUGUGUUGAUUGGAAUUGAUAACUAUUGGAGGGUUGUAGACUUGCACAAGAACGAGAAGUUACCAUCUGGCUUGACUUUGUCGCACACGAGAUUUGGACCAGUUCUAUCUGGAUUGAAGUACCCGGUUGUCUCCAAUACCCUUUUAGCCUCCAAGACCCUCUUUACGGAUGACGAGCCGGUAAGCGACCAUCUUGUGCGAAGUCUUCUUGGCCUCGACACAGUCGCGAUAGAAGAACAUGAGAAUGCAGAAGAUGCUAACGUCAUCAAGCACUUCUAUGACACGCGCGAAGAUCAGGACGAAUGCUCUCUUUUUAGCACGAUAGAUACUAUUCCCACUAUAACAUCGGACGACUUUACGGCAGCUGAACUUGUACUUAUACGCGAACAUUAUCGCGAAAGUCAGCGCCAAAUGGACGGAUCGUAUGUGAAGAAACUCCACACGAAGUACGAUACGGACGGUACUAUAAGAGUUGACUUGCGUAUGACCAACGCGCAGAUGAGCGAUAUAAUAAACUCGGUAAAUCCUAGUGCAAAUGCGGCUAUUCGACCGAUUGAUUUGAUAUCGCCACAGUUCAGAAUAGCGCGCUUGACCCACAGUCUGCCUCAGAAGGUUAAAAACUCGUCGAGCGACAACUAUCAAGCGCUUAACACGCGCUACAGGACACUGCAGACCGACUUAGACCGUUUUUGGGAUGUCUGGCAGAAGGAAUACUUAUCAGUAUUGGCGGAAAGAGAAGCUGUACGCGCGAAAACCCGGUCUUCUAUGAAACUACCAAGAGUCGGUGAAGUUGUGCUCGUUAAAGAGGACGCGCCGAGAUCAAGCUGGCCAUUGGGACUUAUUUUGGAACUACACACCUCAAAAGAUGGCAACGUAAGAUCAGCCAGAAUUAGAACAGGCAAAAGGAGGAUAGUCGACCGUGCAGUGAACCAUUUAUUGCCUCUGGAAGUCGUAGCAGAGAGUGAGGAGCCCUUUCAAAGCGAUUGUCAGCGUAGCGCGAAGGCGCAACAUCGUCAUCGUGGAGUGUCCAAGAAGUAA